UUUCUCUUCCUUCUUUUGUUUUUAUAUACAAAAAAAAUGCAACCAAUGUAUAUUAUUCUAACACUAUGUUCAAUACUAUUAUGUUCAAUAUACGUUCAAGCACAUACUACGUUAUCGGUUUAUCAUAAACGAGGUGGCGAUUAUUUGAAACGAGGAGACAUUAUCGAUAUUCCUUCUGCACCAAAAUAUGUACCCGUUCAACAUGGAGAAGGUGAUCUUACUACUGAAUUAUAUCAAGUUAAGAUCAAAAAUGACGAAACUGGCCAUAUCAUCCUUUCAUCUAUUCCUUCGUGCCAUUUGAAAGCAAGUAAUUUUAGUGAUCAAUUUCGGAUUCAUUUGGACGAUCAACAACGCGUCUAUCAUGUUGACUAUUAUGCUUCUACUUUUGACUGUGACCCUGUCACUGAGACCAUUCGAACGAAUACCUUCAAUAGUGAUAUUCAAAUCAUCAAGAUGAUACCUGGUGCAAAACCUAUCCAAGGACAGUUCAAUGGAAAAACCAAAUCGAAACCGGUUAUUAAGAAACAACAACAACAGCAGGAAGGAGCUCAGGAUGAAGAUGUAGAAGAAGAUAAGACCUUUUUCCAAAAGUACUGGUAUCUCAUUUUGGCAGGUGCGUUGAUGUUACUAUCCAAUGCCGUGGCUCCUCCUGAACCAUCACAACAACAAAGUCAAGCAAGACGAUAGGAUCCUUUCUCUCUUUUUCCUUAAAGUACAAAAUGGACAAUCCAGUUUAGUUUAGAUUUAUUCAUUGAUUUUAUUUUAGUUUACAAUAUAAUAAAAAUG